AUGUACAUGUUCCCAGCUGCGCCACUGGAGCGCGUGUGGCGUGUGGCAUUAGCUCGUCAGUUGUUUUUCGCAUCAUUACAACCGGGAGCAAAAUAAAAGGAUUAAUUAAAGUGUUUCUGCAAUUUGCGGAUGUACACGUGUCGUAUAACUUCCGACGUGCGUACAACCCACGCAGUUUGGUGAUUCAACGAAGUCGCAUUUACAAAUUAACCGCAUCCAAUAGGUUAGUGCAAUAUAUAUUCUGAUGGGAAAGUACUAGCCAAUAAAUGAGGAAGGCUUAUUCCAAGACAGCAUAAUGGAGUUGUCACAUAGUUUAACUUUAAAUGAAGAGGCUCUGGCACAGCUGCCAGCUGCAAAGAAACCACUGUUUGUCUUUGAGUGGUUGAGAUUCCUGGAUAAGGUAUUAGUUGCUGCCCAAAAGAGUGAUAUAAAAGAAUGUCAGAAGAAACUAGUGGAGCAGUUGAUGGCUCACAUUCAGGAGGCACCAGGACCACCAACCAGAAGAUUAAUUGCCAGAUGUUUGGCUACACUAUUUUCUGUUGGUGAUACUUUUUUGCUUUUUGAUACGGUAAAUAAGUGCAAUGAUAUCUUGAAGAAUAAGGAUGAUUCACCAAGUUUUCUACCUACCAGACUAGGUGCUAUUUGUUGUGUGGGGACCAUGUAUGAAAAACUGGGUAGAAUGAUGGGUCGCUCCUACGAAGAAACCGUGCAUAUCCUUAUCAGAUCUCUUCGCAGCGCAGAAUCCCAAACCCGUAUUGAAAUCAUGCUUACUUUAGAAAAAGUUUGCGCCGGAAUGGGUUCUGCAAUCAGCAAUGUCCACAAAGACAUUUAUAAAGCCGCAAGGCAUUGUCUUGUGGAUCGUGCAAUGGCGGUAAGAUGCGCAGCAACCCGCUGCCUCCUAGAGAUGCUAAACCACGCUCAGUUCAUGUACACCAGUGAACUGGAGAGUUUAGCUACAUUGUGCUUUCGAGCUUUUGAUGGCUCCAACUACGAAGUACGGUGUACUGUUGCUAAGUUGUUGGGGGCCCUAAUGGCAAUGACACAACAGGGUCAACAACUGCCUCAGAUGCAGCAGUUGCAAGCGGCGCAAGCAAAAGCCGCCUCGGGGGCGAAGGGAACUAAGACUGUGUCCCUGGAAGAGGCUCUGGGUAUUUUAAUGUCGGGAUUCCUGCGUGGGGGAGUUGGGUUUCUUAAGGGGACAGGGGAGAUUAUCAAAGGAAGCAGUGGCGUGAAUAGAGAAGUGCGAGUGGGGGUGACUCAUGCGUAUGUAAUUUUUGUGCAAAUAUUGGGACCCGUCUGGCUCGAACGCAACAUGAAAGCUUUUCUGGGCCAUGUUCUCUACUUGGUAGCCAAUACCAAAGUGGCAAAUUCUCAUGUGGACGCUGUCUACUCACGGAAAUGUAUAAACUUUAUCUUGCGCAGCGUUUUGGGUAAAAUGUUGGGCGAAAAAGCGCAAGCAUCCGCAUCCAAAGAGAUUGCACAAAUAAUUGUGAAAGAAAUGAAUUCGAUAGAUUUCAAUCCUGAAAAUGCUAAAGAUCUCAACCAGGAAACCCUCUUCAGUCAGCAUUUACUGGUCUGCUCUCUACAGGAAAUCGGAAGUUUGGUACACGGACUUGGAACAACCGCAUAUGACUUAGUAUCAGACCAAUCAUUAAAUUUAAUCGAGGCAACUGUUUCGGUUUUAAUACACCCGUGUCAAGCUGCACGGCUUGCAGCCGCGUGGUGUUUGCGUUGUAUUUGUGUAGCAGUUCCCAGUCAAAUCACGCCAUUAAUUGACCGAUGUGUUAAUGGAAUUGAAGAACGCAGGACAUCCCCGGAAGCCAUUUCUGGUUACAGUGGAGCCCUUGCCGCGGUUUUAGGUGGUGUGCGUUUGUCACCAUUGGGUGUACCGCAUACGAAAGGAAAGAUUAUUUUCAACACAGCAGAGGAACUUUUGCGCAGCGCCAGUCAAAACAGUCGGUUGUCUCUGCAUAGGACCCAGGCUGGUUGGGUACUAAUUGGAGCAAUUAUGACUUUGGGGGUACCAGUUGUGCGUGGAUUACUGCCUCGCAUGUUGUUGCUCUGGAGGAAUUCAUUCCCAAGAUCUUCCAAAGAGUUAGAUUCGGAGAAAGCACGUGGCGAUGCGUUUACCUGGCAGGUAACUCUCGAAGGACGAGCAGGAGCCUUAUCAGCGAUGCAUAGCUUUCUACAGAAUUGUCCUGAGUUAGUAAAUGAUGACAUCAUCAGGCGAUUGCUAACUCCGAUUGAAUCUGCAUUAGCAAUGUUAACAAAUAUUUCAAAUGUGAUGAAAAAUUAUGGCCAGCAAUUAAAAGCACCUGGGGCGAUGGUUCGUCUGCGAUUGUACGAAACACUUCUGCUACUUCCCGCGCAUUCCUUUGAAGGAUCGUACACUCACCUACUAAGGAUGUUGGUUGCAGAGUUUACACUUACAGAAAAUCCAGCAAAUACCACAACGUCGCAAUUGCGGACGGUGUGCCACGCGGACGAUUCGGUUAUCCUGGGGACUUGGUUGCAAGAAACAGAUCAUCGAACAAUUGAAGAUCAAAUGGAACCCAAUCGAAAGGCUGAUAGUGAACACUUGCAGCCAAACAGUGCUGCUGGUUCAGGCGCAUUGGAGCACGAUAUCUGUUCCUUGUACCGCCAGUUAGCCGCAUGGGAAGCGGUCCCUGGCCCUCUUCCACUUGGCGUGGCCGUCAUCGAUAUGUCGGUGUUACUCUUCGGUCAGAUAUUCCCACGCGUCGCUAACAAACACCGCCUGCAAAUGUUGGAACAUUUUACCGAUUGUAUCAAGCAUGCGAAGAGUAUUAGGCAGGAAGCAAUUCAAACGAAUGUCUUCACUGCGUUACUCAGCGGCCUGAAAGGCUUGACUGAAGCGAAAAUGUCCUUUGGGCAAGAAGACGUCAAGAAAGCCGCGACAAAUCUUAUAAUUGGAGCGCUAACAUCUCCAAAUCCAAUUUUACGUUGCGCUACGGGUGAAGCUGUUGGACGAAUGGCACAGGUGGUGUCUGAUUCACGAUUUACCGCGGAACUAGCACAAACUAGUUUCGAUCGCUUGAAGAGUGCUAGAGACGUGCCUAGUAGAACAGGACAUUCGUUAGCGUUGGGUUGUUUGCAUCGAUACGUCGGAGGAAUUUGUAGUUCGCAACAUUUAAAUACCAGUGUUUCGAUUCUAUUGGCCCUAGCGCAGGAUCAAACGUCUCCAGUAGUACAGGUAUGGUCGCUACAUGCGCUAGCACUGAUUGCAGAUUCUGGUGGACCGAUGUUCCGUGGCUAUGUGGAGCCAACUCUUUCACUGGGUUUGAAACUUUUAUUAAACGUUCCACAAUCAUAUGUUGACGUUCAUCAAUGCAUCGGCAAGGUUCUCUCCGCGUUGAUUACCACAAUUGGGCCUGAAUUACAAGCGAAUACCAAUAGCAUCAGUAUGAUGCGUUCGUCUUUCCUGUGUGCAUGCGCCAUUAUGCAGGAUCAUCAUGAUCCGUUGGUUCAAGCGGAGGCGAUCGCAUGUUUACAACAGUUGCAUUUAUUUACACCGAGGCAUGUCAAUCUAUCAUCAAUGGUUCCAACUUUAUGUAGGACCUUGCUUAGUAACCAUUUAUUACUACGGAAAGCGGCAAUUUCAUGUUUGAGGCAAUUGGCACAACGAGAAGCAAAGGAAGUGUGCGAGCAUGCUUUGACUACUGCGGCUGAAAAUAAAGACAGCGAAUUUGGCAAUGGUGCUUCUGGUACAAUGUGUCUAAAUAUUGGAGGUAGUGGUAUUGUCAUCACCGAAACAGGUCUCCCUGGCGCUUUGUUUAGCAUGUUGGACACUGAAUCGGAUCUAGGACUGAUCAAAAAUAUCCAUGAUACGCUAACGAGCAUGUUACAAAUGAUGGCUUGUGAUAAUCUAUCCCAAUGGUUGAGUCUUUGCAAAGAUGUGCUUACAAUAGCAACCGAUUCCAAUGAUGAGGCCACAUUGGCCAGUACCAAUGAAGUAGGCGAUGUAGACGGGGAUGAUGAUGAACCCGACGAUGACCAAAUGGAGUUUCACGCUGAAGAUUCCGCUGGGACCCAUCCACUGGUACAACCCCGAUGGCCCACGAGGGUUUUUGCUGCGGAAUGUGUUCGUAAGAUAAUUGCCACUUGUGAGAACAACGUUACGGCACAUUUUGACCUUUCUCAAGCCAAAGAGAUGCAGAGCAAUGAUUUCUUAGUUCUUCAUCUAUCUGAUCUCAUUCGAAUGGCUUUCAUGGCUGCCACAAGCGAUUCGGAUGCUUUACGUUUAGAAGGACUGAAAACCCUUCAAGAUGUGAUUGAUAAAUUUGCUAAGGUGCCAGAACCAGAAUUUCCCGGGCAUCUCUUAUUAGAACAGUUUCAAGCACAAGUGGGUGCUGCAUUACGGCCCGCUUUUUCUGCAGAAACCCCUUCACAUGUUACGGCUGCCGCGUGUGAUGUCUGUUCAACGUGGAUAGGAUCAGGAGUUGCACGGAAUCUCAACGAUUUGAGACGAGUACAUCAAUUACUCGUUUCUUCUCUUGGAAAGUUGCAGAUAAAAACGAACACAACUCAGUUAUACAACGAAAGUCUAGCGACGUUAGAAAAACUUGCCAUUUUGAAAGCCUGGGCUGAGAUCUACAUUGUGGCAAUGCAGGAAACUUCCUCUACAUUCCUAGCAGAACCUACCAAUACACCGGAGACUGAUGAUUUUGGCGACUUUGAAUAUAAGGGUGAAAGUCUCUUAACACUGGUACAACCAGAAUUGGUUAGUUUAGCAGCGCAUUGGUUAGCUGCGCUUAAGGACCACGCAUUGUUAUCAUUGCCGGCUGAAUUUGCUAGUCAGUUGCCACAUGAUGGCGGCGCAUUUUAUACAAACGACACAAUGGAAUCGUCAAGAUGUCAUUACGGUGCUUCCUGGCCGCCCAUUUUGCACGCGGCUGCAUUGUGGUUGAACGCUGGUGGAUAUGAGAGUGUUCAUGAUGAAUCAAAGAACAAUAAUUCAGUGGACAAUUCCGGGGGUGCAAAUAAAAUAAGUGACAAGUUUCAUUUAUUGUUUGGUAUCUGCAUGGAAGCUUUAUGCAGUCCUCGGUCAACUGAACCGCUUACGAGUAUAGUGACUUGUCUUCGAGCGCUGAGGACUUUAUUGGACUCAAAAUGGGCUAGGGCUUCCCUAAUGGUGGAUAGGACACUUGCUAUAGAAUUGUGCAAUGUCUUACAUCGGCUGUUACUAACUCGUGAUGAUCCCAGCGCGCAAUUGUUGUGUAUGGAGGUGUUAAAACGGGUAAUCACUGCAGCUGAAGAAGCUUCCAGUGACGAUGUUCUUCUGGGCGAAGGUGGGGAACAAGGCGAAAUUAUUCCAGGACAAUCUUUGUCAUAUGCUCUCAUGGAGGUGUGCUUUUGUCUACUGGUACGACAAUUACCAGCGUUAAGUCCUGCUCCAAACUCAACCAUGUUGUCAGCGUCUUCCCAUCGAUCUGUCUAUAAUCACAAUAUGCAGCAGAAGGAAAGGGACUCUGAGAAUUUGAUUGCUGCAUCUUUGGCUUGCUUGGAAGGCCUGCACAAAUUGUGCUCACCAAAGGGAGCUGUUGCCAUUUUACCUACAAUUCUGUAUUUGACUACUGGUGUGAUUAAGGAAUUAUCUACGAAAAAUAUCAACGAUUCCACCAUUCUCGCGAAUAAUAAAGCGGUUCAAGCGGCUCUACAUUGCAUGAAGGCUAUCACUACGGAUGCGUAUUGUAACGAUGAACGAAGUUCUGAUGAAUGGCAUAAAUUGCUACAGAGCUCCCUAGCGAAGAUUAUCGAUUUAACUAAGACUGGCAGCGAGGAUACAAAACUGGAUGAAGUUACCACCAUGUUGGCGAUUGCUGUAUUCGUUCUGCAUGCGCCAUCAAAAGUGGUCUCAGCGCCUAAUUUGUUAUAUCCCUGCAUUAAUCACUUUAGACAGUGUCUUCAGAGCUCUAAUACUACGAUUCGAUUUAAAUGUAUUCAAACCUUGAAGUCGAUCUUCGUGCAUAGUGAGCGAUUGGUUUCAACUCCCUACAUUCACGCGUUGGCUCCUAGAUUGGUGGAGUUUUUAUAUACAGACGGAGCGAGGAAUUGUAUGUCGGAUGGUGAGCUUGCUAUCACACUGGAGACCAUCGUCACCGUAGAGACACUGAUUGGUUUGGCUGAGCCCCCCAGUCGAGAUUUGAUGCAAGGAAUACAAAUGUUGACUCUCAUCGUGCCCAUUUUGAUCAGUUACCUGCUAGAUGGGCAGGUCCUUCGGUCAUCCGGAAAGUACUCCUUAAAGUUGCAUGAAUCCAGUUUGCAGUGGUUGAUGAAGAUUGGACCGAAAUAUCCACAGGAGUUUAAAAAAUUGAUGAGUCAAUCGCCGAAUCUUCGCACACGAUUGGAAGCCGCUGUGCGAUCGAGUCAGAGCGUGCAGCAGAAAACACGAACAGAAGCCAGCAUCAAACCGCAGGCGGCACAAGCACCGUCUAUAAAACUGAAGACAGACUUUAGCAAUUUUUCUUAAGUGAUUUAUUUCCAUCUAGUUCCACGCUAGUUCCCUUUUUACUUCAGAGCCUUAGACUUGGGCUUUACGGCCCACUAUCUAAUAUAUCUAGACAAUUGUCAAUUUUAUAGAGAAGUAUUUUAAUUUAAUUUAAUUUUAAAAAUGUGAAGAGAAAAUCAUGUAUUACUGGAAACCCCAAUUACUUGUAGUUUCCUUGUCGUAUCUACAACUAUAUACAGCAUUUUGAAUGUCAAA